GAGCCUGCGGGGAUCACGGAUCUUUUGUCCUCUUGUUCGGAAUCGGGACCCCGGCACAUGGGGUCAACACGGGCUGUGAAUGGGCUCCCACUGAAAGACUGCCUCGGACGCGGACGCACGCAGACGCCGAUGAGAGCGCGCGCUAAUUAGGAAAACCUGGUCGAGCAAUUAAGCCGCGAGAAGAGAAGCCGCGCGGAUAGGAGCGCACAAGAGCUCAUUUAGCUCCCCGGUCACCUCGUCACCAUGAGUUGGAGCUUCCUCACUCGUCUGCUGGAUGAGAUCUCCAACCACUCCACCUUCGUGGGGAAGAUUUGGCUGACGGUGCUCAUCAUCUUCCGCAUCGUGCUGACAGCCGUCGGGGGCGAAACCAUCUACUACGAUGAACAGAGUAAAUUUGUGUGCAACACGCAGCAGCCCGGAUGUGAGAACGUGUGCUACGACGCGUUUGCUCCUCUCUCACAUGUACGAUUCUGGAUCUUUCAGGUGAUCCUAAUUACCACACCGACCAUUAUGUACCUGGGCUUCGCCAUGCACAAGAUCGCACGAAUGGAGGACAGCGAGUACCGGCCCAUCCGGAACCAGAAGAAGAGGAUGCCGAUUGUCAACCGUGGGGCCGUUCGAGACUACGAGGAGGCGGAGGACAACGGAGAGGAAGACCCCAUGGUUGCUGAAGAGAUUGAACAAGAAAAGCCUGACAAAGCAGGAAAUGGCUCUGAGAAAAAGCAUGACGGUCGGAGGAGGAUCCUGCGGGAUGGCCUGAUGAAGGUCUACGUGUGCCAGCUGCUGUGGCGCUCUGGCUUCGAGAUCGCCUUCCUUUUUGGCCAGUACAUCCUCUACGGCUUUGAGGUGAUUCCCUCAUAUGUCUGCACUCGCACACCGUGUCCGCACAGUGUGGACUGCUUUGUGUCCCGCCCCACUGAGAAGACCAUUUUCCUUCUGGUGAUGUACGUUGUGUCCUUCCUCUGCCUGCUCCUCACCAUCUUUGAAAUCAUCCAUCUGGGGAUCGGAGGCAUCCGCGACACCUUCCGCAGGCGGGCCACGCUCGCCUCACGCAACCGCCCUCCAACCUCAUCUCGUGCCAUGCCCACAGCUCCACCAGGAUACCACGCCACCAUGAAGAAGGAGAAACUGAAAGGGCUGAGGGACUCGCCGAUGGGUGACUCCGGGCGGGAGAGUUUCGGGGACGAGGGGCCAUCAUCUAGGGAGCUGGAGCGGUUGAGGAGGCACCUGAAGCUGGCCCAGCAGCACCUGGACCUGGCCUACCAGGCAGAUGAAGGAAGCCCUUCACGAAGCAGCAGCCCAGAGGUCAAUACGGCUGCACAGACGGCUGCAGAGCAGAACCGCCUCAACUUUGCGCAGGAGAAGCAGGGGGAGGCAAGCGAGAAAGGAAUACAUGCCUGAGCGUGCUUCCUGCCUCAAACGGCUGUUCUUCCAUUCCUACUGGCCUUAAACACAUGGGGGAAGCACAUAUGGGAGAGCAGUCAGACCACUGAGGGAGACCAAAGCGCGCGUGUGUGUGUGUCAGUGUGUGUGUCAGUGUGUGUGUCAGUGUGUGUGUCUGUGUGU